AUGGACUUUGUCCCGACGUUCCUGGAGCUGGCAGGGAUCUCGCUCCCCCCGCCCGCGGAGAAGAAGCAGGGUGUUGUUGCGAGGAAGAUGAUGAAGUUCAGGGGCCGAGAGGUGCACGCGCUCCGCGGCAAGUCCUGGGUGCCGUACUUUGCCCGGCACGAGAAGGUCGAGGACGCCGAGAUGUGGGCGAUCCACUCGUCCGAGGAGCCGAUUGGCUGGGAGCUCUUUGCGCGCGGCGCCCUGCGCAAGGGCGACUGGAAGAUUGUGCACUUUGCCAAGUCGGACGGCGGCGUGGGCGAGGGCGACGAAGGGUGGGAGCUCUUCAACGUGGUCGAGGACCCCGGCGAGACCAAGGACCUGGCCCGGGCCAACCCGGAGAAGCUGAGGGAGCUGAUGGCGCACUGGGAGGAGUACGUCACCGAGUGCGGCAUCGUGUGGGGGGAGUCGGCGAUCGCGCCGGGACUGAGCCGGGAGGAGGCGCCGGAGCUGUGGGAGGACGAGAUCGAGAUGCAAAAGGUGUGGAUGGGCGCCUGCGCCGGAGAGAUGCCCGCCGCCGUGGCAUGA